GAACCACGCGUGUGGCUGGUGCGAGUGAUCUUUAUUUUGGAUGACGGAGAGUCGACAUUGUUUAUCCAGUUGUAAAAAGUGUAAAUAUUUUAUGCUAGUAAAGAAUUGUUAUGAAAGAAGCGAGAAAUGAUUUGUAUUAUUCUUGUCGCUGGCCACGGGACUCUACUAGAGAGAGAGAUCAAGAAUGACCUAUCAGGAGAAUACUCAGAACUUCAAGGGGUCCCAAAGGCACUACUACCUGGAGUGGGUGGCAAGCGUAUUUUGGAUUUCUGGUGGGAAGCCAUAAAAAUGAGACAGCUGUUUAGUGAGGUGUACCUGGUGACAAAUGCUGACAAGUACAAGCACUAUGAACGUUGGGCAACAGCUCACGACUUCCCAGUGGAAAAUAUAAUCAAUGAUGGAACAACAACAUUUGAUUCAAGAAAGGAGAGAAUAGAACAAAUGAAGAAGUAUGGAAUUUAUUACUCAGAAAAUGGGCUUGGUGCUGUUGCUGAUUUCGAGUUAGCAAUUAGGAACAAGAACAUACAGGAUGACGUCAUGGUGGUUGCUGGAGACAUGCUCUUUCAAGACAGGAAUUUUGAUAUUGCUCAGGUGGUCAAGUACUUCAAGCUGAAGUGUGGAGAAUUGGCCAUAUAUUACGAGAUGGAUCCUUCAGAGGCAACUGAGACACGUGGCAUUGUCGAAGUCUGCCCUUCAACAAAUAGAAUUCUUCGAUUCCUGGAAAAGCCUCAUCAAGAUUCAACUCAAUCAAGAUUAGCAAGUGUGGUGUUCUAUUGUUUCCAGAAGCAGACAUUAGACCUUGUGAAUGUGUAUCUGAGAGAUCGGCUUGACUUGCCGGAAAGGGGCUUUGGCAAGUUCAUGGAAUGGCUUGUAAAUCAGACGCCAGUGUUUGGAAUGAAGCUACCCACGGGAUUUCAACUCAUCGGUCAAGUCGGUCUAGCUGAUUAUGAGAAAUGGGUAGCUUACUUCUCUGAUAAGAAGCAAGCCGAGAAAUACCAACAACAGUUCACAUCACGGGCGUAUGCCAGAAUCGGUCUGAUGGGUAAUCCGUCAGAUGGUUACAAUGGGAAGACUAUAUCUAUGAGCAUUGCCAACUUCUGGGCGGAGGUCACAAUACAGGAAAGCGAGCAACUGGUACUGGUUCCACACCCUUUAAACGACCCCACUGAAUUCGGUAGUCUUGGCGACCUACACGGAAUUAGCAGAAAGGAAGGAUACCUUGGGGGGUUGAGGCUUCUACAGGCAACAUGUAAGAAGUUCUAUCAGUACUGCUACGAGCAAGGGAUUGCGCUGGCUAAGCGUAACUUCUCUUUGCGAUACGAUACAAACAUUCCUCGGCAGGUGGGACUUGCCGGGAGUAGUGCGAUAGUGACGGCUACCCUCAGAUGUUUGAUGCAUUUCUAUAACAUCACAGAAAAGGACAUGCCAAAGCCACUGCAGCCACAAUUUGUGUUGAAUGUCGAGAUGGACGAGCUAUUUAUAACGGCUGGACUACAAGACCGAGUCAUCCAGACAUAUGAAGGACUUGUCUACAUGGAUUUUAGUGCUUCAUUAAUGGAGAUGCAAGGACAUGGUGACUACAUUCCCCUGGAUGUACGGAGUUCACCUCCACUUUGGCUCGCAUAUUAUACAGAUCCAAGUGACUCUGGGAAAAUCCACAGCAACGUUAGAGAAAGAUGGAAUCAAGGUGACCCUGAGGUGACGAAAGCCAUGUUGCGUUUUAUGGAGCUUACUGACCAAGCAAGAGACGCACUUCUAGAAAAGGACUAUGAAAGACUUGCUUCUCUCAUGAAUGAGAAUUUUGAUGUUCGAAGAUCAAUAUUUGGGGAUCAAGCAAUAGGAAAAACAAAUCUCAGAAUGAUUGAACUGGCCCGACAGCAUGGAUCUGCCGCAAAGUUUCCAGGAAGUGGAGGAGCUGUCAUAGGUUUAUGCCAGAAUCCAGAAAGAUUGAAAGAGCUCAAACAAGCAUUUCAAGCCGAAGGAUUUGUCAUAUGUGAUAUUGUCCCCUUCUUCUCAUGACCAGCACCCAAUGCAACUACCUGUCAAUACCGGCUCUAGAACUGAUAAGAAAAGUCUAAGAAUAGUCUAAGACAAGUCUAAGAAAAGUCUAAGAAAAGUCUAAGAAAAGUCUAAGAAAAGUCUAAGAAAAGUCUAAGAAAAGUCUAAGAAAAGUCUAAGAAAAGUCUAAGAAAAGUCUAAGAAAAGUCUACCUUCACAAUUGACAGGGACAGUAGAGGGGUUGUGUCCUUACUCUUCUAGGGAUCCCGGAUAUGCCCUGGAUGAUGCUAAGCUAAAUAGCACCAACACAAUCAUUGAUGAGUCAAAGUAAUAAGAGUAUGGCCAACAAGGGCUUGAUAACUAUGACAGAAAAUGUAUAGCUUUACAGAUAUGUAACUAGGUUUUUAAAACAUUUUUGGGUCAUGACUUGAGGCAAGUGUAAGAUAGAUAGAUAGAUAGAUGUGUUUGAUUCACCCUUUUGCAGUGGAAACUGAAUUACAGGCAGUGCGCAAUCACAUUGAUGACUAUACAAUAAGACAAUUAGCAUAUUUAACAGUCACAAAAUUUGACAUUCUGUUAGUAUUACAUUGAAUUACAUUGAAUGAGCGAUCAGAUCUUAAUUCGUAAGGGUGUAAAAAAGGUGAUCUUCUGCAAUUUAUUAGGUUAUAUAGCGUAUUUUGGUUAUCUAAAGACUUAAUAAACCUUUUACAGAAGGCG